AUGUUCUGCUUAGGGGUUCCACCGAACAAGGUAAAGUGUCCUACCUUAACGUGGCGUAUCCACUUUGUUUCUAUCUAUCUAUCUAUCUAUCUAUCUAUCUAUCUAUCUAUCUAUCUAUCUAUCUAUCAGGCUGUUGGUAUCUACCUGUCUAUCUAUCAGGCUGUUGAUAUCUAUCUAUCUAUUAGUCUGUUCAUAUUUAUUUAUCUAUUAGUCUGUUCAUAUCUAUCUAUUCAUAUAUGUAUUUAUUCAUAUCUAUCGACCUAUUCAUAUUUAUCUAUCUGUUCAUAUCUAUCUAUUUAUAUCUAUCUGUUCAUAUUUAUUUAUCUAUCUGUUCAUAUUUAUCUAUCUAUCUAUUUAAUCAUGUAUGUUCAUAUCUAUCUAUUUAUAUCUAUCUGUUCUUCCUUCCGACUUUUUCUUUUUCAUGCCUUUUUCUUUCUACUUUUUCUUUUUCAUUUCAUCCUUACCUUUCUUUUUUUUGCUUUUUUCUUUCUACUUUUUCUUUCGUUUUUCUUUCUUCCAUCUUUUUCUCCCUUCAUUAUUCUUUCUUUCUUCCUUUUUCCUUUCUUUAUCUUUCCUCUCAACUUUUUCAUUUCUUUUUUUUUCCUUUUUUCUUACAUUUUCCCUCCUUUCUUGUCUUGCAUUUUCAUUUUUUUUCUUUUUAUCAUCUUUCUUUCUUUUCCUUUUUACUUUCCUUUUCACGUUAUUUUUAUCUCUUUCAUUCACUUCUUCUCAGCUUCCUUUCUAUCCCUAUUUAUGUGA